GGCUGCCGACUGACACAUACAAGAUACAAUCCCGCUGUCCAUCAACAUCAAUUCCUCCAACGUCGCUGUCGCCAUGCUACACUCUUAUUGCAUGGCCUGCAGUCGUCGUUCUCCCUUUGCCAAACUAUGAAAGCGCCCGUUGUGUUGUGCCGUCUGUGUCUCCGGCGCGGAGCACACCAGACCUUCGGCGCAACUCCGUCAUUACGAACGUCGCUGCGGACCUUUUCUAGCGAUACUGUCUCUCGAUCGAAGACGCAGUUUUGGCAUCGCCAAUUAUUACAGAGAUGGAACAAAAUAGGGAGAAGCGGAGCCCCAAUUGUCGGCUCGGUCCUGUUCGCAGCCGCAUUGGGUCCCGGUGCGUUUAUGGAGUUGGCGGAGAAGAAUGGUGAACAUGAGACGGGGGAGAUGCAGAUGUUGGAAGCGUCGCGCCAGGAGAUACGAAAGACGGUGUCAAAGGAUGCACGCGGUUUCACUCGACUCAAGCAAGAACUAUGCGUUUUCCUUUAUUGUUACGUGUACGAACCUAUUGCGACGGGCUUCAGAUUUCUCCAUUUGACUAUCAUAUUCCUGCCUGUGUUAGUCUCGGCGCCUAUAAUAUGGGUUGGCAAGAGAAAUCCAGACCGCGACAACCAGCGAUGGGGAACUUUGUGGUGGUUUAAUUUUCUAGUAAAGUCAAUGGAAAGGGCUGGUCCAGCUUUUAUCAAGCUAGGUCAGUGGGCUGCGUCUCGAACAGAUAUUUUCCCCCCCGAACUUUGCUCUCGACUGUCCUCUCUCCACUCACAUGCGCCGGCGCACUCUUUACAUGCCACAAAGAAGAUAUUAUGCAAAGCAUUUCACGGUCUCCCUUUUGAGGAGAUAUUUGAAGAAUUCCAGGAGGAACCUUUAGGAGUGGGAGCUAUCGCUCAGGUAUACAAGGCGAAACUGAAGCCGGAUAUUGCAGCGCAAUACCAAGAGGAACUGCAAGGCAUGCCAAGAGACCUAGCAGCCAGAGUACGAAAGAAUGUUGACGUUCUGGUCAAGAGCUCACCUCAAAGAGUCCCUUCGUCUUAUGUUGCUAUCAAGGUACUACAUCCGAAAGUUGACGUCAUUGUCAGGAGAGACUUGGACAUUAUGAGACUAUUCGCAAAUAUAAUUAACGUAAUCCCGACUAUGGAGUGGCUAUCGUUACCAGGUGAAGUCGACCAGUUUGGAGAGAUGAUGAAGUUGCAGCUCGAUUUGCGAAUUGAGGCUACCAACCUGGUGAUAUUCAGAGAACAUUUCAAGUCACGCACAACAGCCUGGUUUCCUUAUCCAUUCACAGAAUAUUCUACGAGAGAAGUACUUGUAGAAGAAUUCGCACAAGGCAUACCAUUGUCUGUUUUCCUCAAAAAGGGCGGUGGUGUCUACCAGGAGGAAAUUGCAGAUGAGGGUCUUGACGCUUUUCUUCGCAUGUUACUCCUCGACAACUUCGUCCAUGCAGACCUCCAUCCCGGAAAUAUCAUGGUUCGCUUCUAUAAGCCUAGUCAACUCGACAUUUCUCUGAAAGCGCCGAAACGUGCUCAGGAAGUUACCUCGACUGCUGAAUUAGAUGUCAAUGAGCAGGUACUGAGACGUCUACGACCUCACACAAAGGAUCCCAAAGCUUGGAAGGCGGCCCUUGCAGAGCUAGAUGCAGAGGGUUACCGACCUCAAUUGCUCUUUAUCGAUACGGGUCUUGUCACCCAACUCAAUGACAAAAACCGACGCAAUUUUCUGGACUUGUUCCGCGCUGUUGCCGACUUUGAUGGUUAUAAAGCAGGUCAUUUAAUGGUUGAUCGUUGUCGUCAGCCAGAGGCAGUCCUGGACCCGGAAAUUUUUUCAUUGAAAAUGCAACAUCUAGUGUUAGGCGUGAAAUCAAGGACGUUUGCCUUGGGUAAUAUCAAGAUUGGUGAUGUUUUGAGCCAAGUGCUUCAAAUGGUGCGAGAGCACCACGUGCGUCUGGAGGGCGACUUUGUCAAUGUCGUUAUAUCCAUAUUACUGCUGGAAGGAAUCGGAAGAAGUCUUGAUCCUGACUUGGAUCUAUUCAAGAGCGCCCUUCCAAUCUUACGCCAACUCGGUUCAGGCACAACAUUACUACAAGACGUGUGUCACGGUGACACAUCCAUGCUCCGAGUAUGGUUUGGUCUUGAAGCACGCACAUUCCUCCAGGCCAGUCUGGAAAGUGUCGAAAACUGCGUCAAAUAUGAUUUGUUGGCGCCGAAUAUCUGAGCUUGACGAUCCUUAAUAUCGGCACACGUGCACAUUGGGUGCUUUCCUGCACAUAAUAAACUAUACAACAUUAUAUAUAAUGUAUGCUCGAACAUCAUACAGGCAAUCAAUCAAUCAUUGGAUUGGCGUUAUACAGGUCUUUGAUUCUAUGUACAUAGCAAUAUGCAAUUACGAGCGUACUCACUCCUUUCAUACUUUUUACCAUUACCUAGAUAUCUAUAGCUUACAAAUAUCCUAGAAACGAAGAGUUCGGUAUAUGUAUACACAUACUCAACAUUAGUUAAUCUACUGUACACAGACAUGAAAAUAAAUAAGAGAUGUGAGGUCCCAACAAUGGCAAAACGUACAGACAAAUAAUAUACAAGGGCAAAGAAGAGGAAAUCCGUAACCGAAUAAUCAUAUCAAAAAUCGAACAGAAGGACGCCGAGCCCGAGUAUGCAUUAAGUAGUUCAAUUGAAGAAAGGGAACUCGAGACGAGCGAGUUUUGAGUAACCAUCGAAUAAGGUCGGUAUAAGAGCGAAUACUGGGCGAUCAUUUAUUCUCUCGUGCUUGACCACCACUAGCCCUAUACCAAACGUCACCGCCCCAACGCAUCAAACGCUCCACGGCAGCUGUUGGAGUAUCGACGGCUGGACGGAUAUCGAGGAAGAAAACAGGUUCACCGGUUGGUUCUGGAGGUCCAGAAUAGUAGUCGAUGACGUAGCGGACUUCUUUUGUUGUUCCGGAGGGUGUGCGUCGAGAUACAUACCAGUCGUGUCUGUCAAAGGGUGGUUCGGUUC